UGAUGAUUUUUGUGUUAGCGUGUGGUGUUGGCUUCAGCCCACAGAGGAGUGGGAGCCUCCACUUUGGUUGGCUCUCACUCACAAACUCCAUUUUGGAACAACAGCUGUUGGAAGACGCAACCUAUCGCUGUUUGUAGACGGUUCCGAAAGGGAAGACGUCUUUUUUUUUUAAAGAACCACAGCAUAGCCACCUCGCUUUGGGUUCGCCUUGCUUCGGUGAGCUUUGUUUUUUGUUCCAUCGCCAGGAAACUUAACCGGGGGAUCCAUGGUGUUAAAUCUCCAUUGUAACAAGUGGAUGAGAGGAGGCGAGCGGAUCAAGGUGUAAUGAGAACACUGGUCAUGGACAGAUGAUGGACGUGGAGACGUCGUACUCAGAUUUCAUCAACUGUGAUCGCACUGGCCGCAGGAAUGCCGUGCCUGACAUCGCAGGCGAGGGGAAAGUAGCAGCUAGCACCAGUGAAGUCACCAAAGACUUGGCAGGGAUGGAGCUGAAGGACGCAGGGGAGCCCGGGGCCUCUCCAGCCCCGGAGGCCGAGGGCUCCACCAGUCAAGACGCCCAGGGAGGCGGAGGCCCGUCCUAAACUGUGCCACACACCGAAGACAGGCCAGACAGGCAAAGAGACAGCAGUAGAGACUGGAGGGAGAUGGAGACGCCAUCUCUCAUCUCUCACUGGUGGCUUGUUUUGAAGCCUGCUGGCGGCACUUGGAUCAGAUGUUGUGGUGGCAAACCGGUAGGAAGUAGAACUGCCAUUUGAGAUGCUUCUCUUCUGCUUUGGACUCUUAAUCUCUUCUUAUUCCUGAUGGGCCAAGGAUGCAAGGAGACGGUGGAUUUAUGUGGAGGCUGAGCUGAAAAGAGCGGUUGAAACGUUUUUUGUUUUUUUUUCCAGCCUCUUAUUGUGGAGCUGUGUCAUGGAGGGUGACCUCAUAACCAUCUGUCAUUUUCUUUCUCUGUGUGUCUGUGAUCCUCUCGACCUGUUUCAUUAUCAAGUGUCGCCUGUUUUGAGUAUGAAACCUAGUCGCCAUUAUACCAUCAUGUAUGGACUUGGUAUUUAUUGCUAAAUGUUCAGUGAUAACUUUGUGAUAGCAAUUUUCUUUGUGUAAUAAAAUACUUAUGACUCUA